UGUAGUUGAGUCGUGUCUAUAGCGCUCAGGUUCCGGUUUACGUCAUAUGUUUUCAUUUUUUUUUCCAUCAAGCAAUCAAGCUAGUUACCUGUAUCCAUACGAGCAGGGAUUAAAAAAAAAUCGGUUUCGGGGGAUUUCUGAUCUUAAUCUGUUUAUUAAGAGCGCUGAUCUUGUUUGUUGGCAGCGGCAUGUCGUACAUGUUCGCCAGCGAUUCUCUUCAAGCCACACUGCCGCUGCUGCAGGCCUGCAUUGAUGGCGAUGUGGCUUAUGCCAAGCGCCUGCUGGAGACCGGCUUCGACCCAAACGCACGUGACUGUCGGGGGCGAUCCGGGAUGCACCUGGCUGCGGCACGCGGGAACGUGGAGAUCUGUCGCCUGCUACACAAGUUCGGAGCGGACCUGCUGGCCACUGACGCUCAGGGGAACACUGCACUGCACAUGUGUGGCCACGUGGACACCAUCCAGUUCCUCGUGUCCAACGGACUCAAGAUCGACAUCUGUAAUCACAAUGGAGCAACUCCUCUGGUCCUGGCUAAGAGGCGCGGUGUGAACAGAGACGCUCUGCGGCUCCUAGAAGGACUGGAGGAGCAGGAGGUGAAGGGCUUCAACCGCAGCUCCCAUUCCAGCCUGGAGAAGAUGCACAUAGCAGAUAAUGAGAGUGCCAUGGAGAGUCAUUCGCUCCUCAACCCUCACCUCCACCGCAGCGACGGCGUGUUCUCCAGCUUUCGCACCACGUGGCAGGAGUUCGUGGAGGAUCUCGGCUUCUGGAGGGUUCUGUUGCUCCUGCUGUUCAUCGCUCUGCUCUCACUGGCUAUUGCUUACUACGUCAGUGGCGUCCUGCCUUUCAGCUCAAAUCAGCUGGAACUUGUGCGUUAGGAUCCUGAGCGAUAACGAACUGACGGAGGUGCGGGAGCGAAGUCGACCGAAUCAUUUUUAAGGAACCGUAACGUUUAUGUUUCCCAAAUUCUUUCCAUGUGAAUGAUGUAACGCAGUUUGAUUUCAGUGUAAAUAGUGAUCUUUAUUUGUCUCUUGUGUAUUUUUGUGCACAAGGAUUUUUUUCCCCCCAAACUUGAUCCUGAUGAUUUGAAACCGAAAUGUUCACAUUCUGUACAAUUAUGACUAGAAUUGAUCAUUACUCAUGUACACGCGAGUUAUUCCUCACGUUCAGAGAUCUUAUUCUCACAGUUCCAUGUCAGAUUCUCCAGAUGAACCUUAGCAGUGUUUGGAAUUAAAAGCUAUUUACAGUCCAUCUCUCAGAGCAGGGUUCUGAUAGGGAGGUUCCUGCAGAAAUAUUCAUGUUUUCUUAAUAAAACAGCAUCAGAUUACCCAAACACAACACAGUGACCAUCUGUGAGUGAUCAGCUGUGUACUGUGCGCUUGCUACGUUUUCUUUAUUUUUCUCUAUUCUCUAUUCCGACUGAAUUUCAGAACUAGACCUGAAAAGUAAUGAACCACAGAUUUUCUGUAACCUUUGAUUAUUUACAUAAAGACCAUCGAGUGAAGGACACUGAUGUCUGGGUUUUAGUGAAAUACACUACUGGUGAUUCAGGAAAUGGAAGCAACAUGACUUUGUUGUGUGUAGGUUACCUUUUACAUAAUUUCAUAAUCUCAUUAUCAUUAUUAUCUUGUUAUCAUCACCGUGUAAGAAAAAUCUUGAAUUGCAGUGUUUAUUACAGACACUACAGAGCAUUAGCUAAAUCCUGGAUAUUGGCGAUUAAAGAUAUUUCAGCUUUCA